CAUCACCAGACAUGGAGUCCAGCUAUGGGGGAGGCUUGCUAGAUAUGGUGAAAGGAGGAGCAGGGAGACUCUUCAGCAAUUUGAAGGAUAACCUGAAGGAUACCCUGAAAGAUACAUCUUCAAAGGUCAUGCAGUCUGUUGCCAGUUACACCAAGGGAGAGCUUGACAUUUCAUACAUUACCUCAAGAAUCAUAGUGAUGUCCUUUCCAGCUGAAGGUGUUGAGCUAGGAUUCAGGAACCACAUUGAAGAUGUAAGGACGUUUUUGGAUUCCAGGCAUCCUGACCACUACACAGUCUUCAACUUGUCACCCAAGUACUAUCGCAGUGCCAAGUUCCACAACCGGGUAUCUGAAUGUAGCUGGCCAGUACGACAAGCACCCAGUCUGCACAACCUCUAUGCUGUCUGUAAGAACAUGCACAACUGGCUACAGCAGAACCCCAAAAAUGUCUGUGUCAUCCACUGCAUGGAUGGCCGUGCAGCCUCAGCAGUUCUGGUCAGCGCCAUGUUCUGUUUCUGUCACCUCUUCUCUAAUCCAGGCCCUGCUAUGCAGCUGCUGAACACAAAGAGACCUGGGAUUGUGUUGUGGCCAUCUCACAGGAGGUACAUAGGGUACAUUUGUGAUCUAAUAGCAGACAAGCCUGUCAUUCCUCACUGCAAACCACUCACUAUCAAGUCAGUCACCCUCAGCCCAGUGCCCUGCUUCAACAAGCAACGGAACGGCUGCCGGCCCUUCUGUGACAUUCUCAGUGGAGAAACAAGAAUCCUCACCACUUCCCAGGAGUAUGAAAGGAUGAAAGAAUACCGUGUGCAAGAAGGGAAAGUUCUCAUUCCACUGGGAGCCACUGUCCAUGGAGAUGUUGUUGUUUCUGUCUACCAUAUGAGAUCAACCAUUGGAGGUCGCCUUCAAGCAAAAAUGACCAACACGCAAAUAUUCCAAAUUCAGUUUCACACUGGAUUCAUAGCCCUGGGAACAACCACACUAAAAUUCACCAAGCCUGAACUGGAUGCCUGUGACUCUCCAGACAAAUAUCCUCAGCUCUUUCAUGUUAUACUGGACAUAGAAAUACAGUCUACUGAUAGACAGACUGAGCUAACUCCCCCGUGGGAGAACUUCACAACAAAAGACAUCAAUCCAAGCAUUCUCUUCUCCUCUCAUCAGGAGCAUCAGGACACUCUUGCUUUGGCAGGUAGAGGUCCCACUGAUUCACCCCAGGAUAACAUCAGAAAUGUUGGGCAGAGUGCAUUCUUCUCAUCUCUCAGCUGGCAAGAUCAGAAAUCUGACAAAAGUAGCUCUCACCCCACCUCAGAGGAUCGAGCAGCGUUGGUGCAUGAGGAAAGCGAACAGUCAGAUGACGAACUCUUGUCCCUUUCCAGUCAGCACAGUAAUGCCAGUGGUGACAAGCCUCACGGGACACCAAAACACAGCAAAAAGCAGCAAGAGCCUCCAGCACCACCUCCACCUGAAGAUGUGGACCUGCUGGGCCUGGAUGGUAGCCCUACGAGCAAGAGUUUUCCCUCACAGCCCACUGCUGCCCCUUCUAACUCUGACUUGCUGAGUGAUUUGUUUGGGGUUGGUGGGACAAGUUCCCAGAGUCAAGGUGGACAGCCUGCUGCUGAAGAUGUCUUCCACGUGGGGGGACCUGGAUCUGUGCAGUCCACUCCUCGGCGUUCUGCAGCUUCGGCAUCCCCAUCCCCGUCCCCACGGGUAGGAGAAG